GUUAAAUAACAAUUCAAAUAAUCUUAAGAAGUUAUCGCAGGAAAAUAUUGAAUUACAAAGUCAAAGUCAAACUUUACUUAGGCAUAGUGAAAACCUAGAAAAGGCCCUAAUAAACGCCAGAACACAGGAUGUUAUAAAGCCGGAAAACAUACAAAAGGGAUAUAAUGAUAUGUUAGCGGAAAUUGACGAUAUGAAAAAAGAAAAAAGCCGAAGUGUGAAUAAAAUUCGUGAACUGUUAGAUAGACUAGAUAAAUCGGAGGAUAUUAUAGCAAGCCUUAGUGAAGAUUUACUGGCUCGUGAAGACAGAAUUGCAAUGUUGGAAAAUCAUAUUAAUGAACUAGAAGAAGAAGUAAAGAAAUUACACGAUUGUUUAGAUGAAGUAGUAAACACUGGCGAACAAAUUAAACAGCACAGCUAUGAAAAGAUUGACCAGUCUCUAAAAAGAAUGGAAGCGCACCACUCAAAAGCAACACAUAAUAUGAAAAUGGAGCUGAUCAAACUUCAAAAUAAAAAUAUGAAAUUAGAAGAACAACUAUCGGCGACACAGUUAAAGACUGAAGAAACAUUAAUUGGCCAAAAUAAAUACAUAUCUCAAAUUAAUUAUUUACAAAAUGAGAGAGAAAUCAUCGUCGAUGACAUUAGACAAUUAGAACUUAACAAUGUCGGUGAUAGCGCCUUAUCACCAACUAAUUGUAAUUUAAGUGAUAUUCGAAAUUCACUAAAUCGUAUUAGUAAAUACAUAGAUGCAAAGUGUUCAAAAAGUACUUCAUUAGAACAGACAUUACUUAAAAUGCAAACAUCAUCGCAAUUACUACUUAGUAAAGCUGAUGAAGCGAAAAAAUAGUCG